AUGGACCAUCAGAACCAAAUGACGUUGAUAGAAGCAAAGGCUGCAGCACCGAUUGUACCUGCUGUACCAGAGAAUGAUGGCAUGGCGAAACUUUAUCUGACGAAUCCAUCACGGCUCUCAGACUUGACGCAGCGGAUGAAACCAAAGCUGAAAGUAUCAGAGAGUGGACGAUUUGAAGACCAAUUUUAUCAUGCACAUGAUGGUAGUAAAGCCAUGGCGAGACUUCGUAAACGUUCUUACCAGAAUAAAACAGUGCAUAUGAGUGGUAAUGACGUGGAGCAAUUUUCAGAUGCUGAUAUUAUUACCAGUGGCUAUUUGGUCAAGCAAGGAUCGUUUUGGAAAUCAUGGAGACGUCGAUUUUUUAUCUUGAGAAGAGAUCGUCCUGUGUUGUGCUACUACACAUCGGCUGAAGAACUUGCCAAGCUUGGAGAGAUUGCAAUUGACGAGAACACGAACGUAAAGCCGACACCAAAGGACGGCUUUCCAUUUCGGUUCACUAUUGAAAAUGAGCGACGUAAAUUGACGCUGUUUGCAGAGCAAGGCGAGGAGUCCAUGAAAGCUUGGAUCUCGUGUAUUAAUGGGUGCAUUACACAGCGAGUACGGUUGACGUCAUGUGUCUCGAUGAACGAGUCCUUUGAUCACCGAUCAGAAGGAGGUCCAUUUCGUGCUCAACUGCAAGUGCGAACUUCCGAAAGCUCGUCCGUGCUGGAUGAUCUUAACGUAAACCGCGCUAGUUUUUCCCGGAUGGAAAACCCACACACCACGACCAGCAUGAAUGCCAUGAAACGUUUUUCUACGGACACGACUGUCAUCCAGCAAGCUGCUAAGAACUCUAGAUGCGUUCGAGAGAAUGAGGAAAAACAAAAACAUCAAACGCGUCCACAUCGGGUCUCUCGUCUGACCAGCACUGUUUCGGUCCCCAUAGAUACAGCAAAGACUAAGCGUCGCCUGUAUCGCUCGUCUAGCGCCGGAUCCAUCCUCACUCAGUCAUCGUCGUUUUCCGUUACCCCUCGUGCGUAUGACGACAACGGGCUGUCGAUGUUGCAUUCACCCUCUCAUUCGACAACUGAUCUACUGAUGGCAGCCGCUUCGUCAAACUCCUCACGUACACCAAACCUAAGUUUACCAGGAUUUAAGCCAUCCCCUAGUGUGGGGCUAGCUGUGUCUGUUGGCAGCAAGGCGGUGCAGGAUGCUCCACAGAUGUUGGUUGUUUUGUUUAGUAUCCGCCAGGGCCAACGCCCGAAAGAGAUAUCGCGUACGGAGGUGCGGAGCUCGCUCUCUUUCCGAUCUUGCGGUGGCGACUAUUACGCUCGCGAUUUCAACGCCUUGCUCUCAGUACCGCGCGCAGCUCGUUCUAUGCUGCAAUUUGAGAUUUUUUCGGUGGUAAACGCUUCAUCAGAGUCGUUGGAGCAACAAAAAUCGCUUGGUUUUGUGCGAGUCUCAGCGCUGGACGUUCUCUUUUCGCGGGAACCUUCGAUGCUACUUGAGUGUCACCGUACGGAUGCGUCCAAGCAGCUUUUCUAUCUUGCUGUGGACCGAUUUACCCCACCUGGUCGCAGCAUUAAUGUGAGUCACGCGUAUACAUAUGCGAAGCAUCAUUUCCUCGUGGAUGCAGAAGCAAUGGAGAAGCGCAAGCCGGGUGAUCUCAUGUCUAGCUCUACUCUGAGCAUGAGGGGUGCUUUGAGCUACAGCGAGAUGCUUCGUGGUCAGGACAUGUCGACAGCUAGUCAUGUGCUCGUAUCAGAGGAAUUAUCGGCGUCAUAUGUCUCGGUGUCAAUGACAGUUGCAUUUCUAAAGUAUCUUCAGCGGCGAAACAUCGCCCGUAUCGAUGAAGCAAAGCAGGUGGCCCAUGAUAUGAGGCAGCAUAUUCGGGUGGCUACAAGUGUAAAUUUAUCUAACACGCAUGUGCAAGAGGUCGAGGGUCGAAUUCGAGACGUGAAACUCGAAAUGGCUCAUUACAUGCGUCUUUACGCCUCCUACCAAGACAACUUGAAGCGAUGUGAGACCAUAUCGGCAUCGCUCCAGGAUGGUCGCGAACAGGGGAUUACGGGAUGUUUAAAGCGGAGCAACAUGAAGAAAGACGAAGCGACAGCGUUCAUGGCUACCAAUCUCAAUUGUCACCUUGUGCGCGGAAGGCGUGUGCAUCUUGCCGGCGACGUUGAUCGUACUUGUGGAGGACGGAAAAGUAGCAUUUCAUCCACAUUGAUAGACGACGCUUCCGCGUCUGAUGAUAGUGACAGCGAGACGUCGCCUACAUCUGAUUAUGUCUACUCUGUGGUAACUCACGGCUGUGCUGCAGCUCACGUUAUGGGCUUUAAGGAAGGUGGUUUGCGUCGUCUUCAGCAGCAAUUGGCAUCACAGAGUCCACCAGACCCUCGUCUACGCGAGCGUAUUGAAAUGAGAGAAGAUGUCGUGCGCUCGCAGGUGCUAGCAAUUGCCGGUGCAUCAUUCCUUAACGCUGUGAGCCUGGCAGCCACUCGUGGUGGACAGCACCGACAACGUUUGCAGUUAUCCUGCUCGACGGGAUUCUUGCUUAGCAUUGAGUCCUUGCUCAGCACUGUGGGCGCCGAAAAGGGGAUGCUUGAAGAUAUGUCCGAUGGUGUUCAGUGGCUUAAUAGUGUGGUAAGUUUCCAGCUUGUCCAGUCUGCUGAAGCGAACCUUCACGUCGAAAUGUCAAAAUGUGUUAGCGUGACAAGUACACCGACUGGAGAUCAUGUUGUGGCUGCGUUUGCUGUGCCUCCUAAAGUGUUUUCAAAGCUUCCUGAAGUGUUGCAGGAAGGCCAUGCCAUUAAACUUCAUGCAGUGAUGUUUACUCAAGGAAUUAACGAGAUGCAGUCAGUGGCCAAUCACUAUCUAAACUCUAGCUUGCAGGACGAGCUUAAUUUCGAGAGUGUGCAGAUGCUACAGCGGUACUUUCGCGCAUAUCGGACACAGGUGACGACUAGUGGGGGCGAUAUCAAGAAGCGUGAAGCAGAUCUAGCCGAGCUGGCUGAGCUUCAGUCAGAAAUCGAAGCACUCACAGGUCGCCUCAAUGUUCGCACAGAGAAUGUGCAAAAGAAGUGUGUUAACAUCCUGAUCACGUCCAGUGAUAUUUGCCGCCGUCUUGGAGCCGGACGCACAACGUGCUGCAAGAGUGGCAAAGACCGCACAGCGAUGUCAGUGACACUGGAGACGUCUCGUUUGCUGGUGGAUCAUUUUCACGUGAAGCAAGGUGUGCAUCUUUGCAAUGCCAUGAGAGAACGCGGUGUUCGUCGCAUUAAUGUCCUGGCGAACACUGGCAAAACCAAGUUUGCAUUCAACUCGUUCCAGCUCAAGUACAUUCCUGACUGUUAUAAGCCACCGCUUGCAUGUGCUGAUUCACAUGUGACCUCAUAA